UCCAAGAUGGCGGUAUUUUGACUGUCAUCUAUCUAGACCCGCUGUGGUCGUGUUUAUAAAGUUCUGUUUCUCAUUAACGCCCUAAACAUGCAGAAUAGAACUACUCUGCAUCACAAUUUACAACAGAGGGUUUAUGGUGGCUUGCCGCCUGGCAUGUCAAUGAAGAGGGCCAGAGGAAGUAAAUAUCUGCUGCAGUGCUUGCAAAAAGAAACAGCUCUGACGGGGCAUGAAGGCUGUGUUAAUAGUAUAGCUUGGAAUGAGAGUGGCAGCUAUCUUCUCUCUGGAGCGGAUGAUUGUCGUCUUAACAUUUACCAGCCAACAAAAAGAAAGUUACUGCAUUCCAUCAGAUCUGGUCAUAGAGCCAAUAUUUUCAGUGCCAAAUUUCUGCCUUGUUCAGGAGAUAAAUGGAUAGUGUCCUGUGCUGGAGAUGGAAUGAUUCACUUUACAGAUCUCAACAGAGAAACAGCCCAUGGACAGUUUCAGUUUAAUUGCCAUGCAGGAACCACUUAUGAGGUAAUUACAACUCCUGGGGAUCCUAACACCUUCCUAAGCUGUGGAGAGGAUGGCACAGUCAGACUGUUUGACUUGCGUACCAAGACAAAGUGUUUGUGCCGAGAUUGUAAAGAGGACAUUCUGAUUGACUGUGGUAAAGCAAUCACAUCCAUUAAUUUGAAUCCUAUCAUGCCAUACCACCUGGGUGUUGGCUGUGAAGAUAGCACUGUGCGAGUGUUUGAUAGACGUGCACUGAGCAGUAGCAGUUCAAACAAGAUGAAUGGGAUGUUCUGUCAGUUUAGACCAGAUUCACUCAAUGGUAGAACAUGUCGUGUUACUUCACUUCAUUACAGCCCUGAUGGUAGUGAACUCCUUGUAAGUUACUGUGCUGAUUACGUCUACCUAUUUACGUUACGAGGAAGCAAACAGCAUCGUUCAAUCCACGACGAUGACUCGGAGGAUGGAUACUCGAACGGUAGCAACGGUCAUCGGAAUGUACCACCACUGAAACGUCUGCGCCUGCGAGGAGACUGGUCAGAUACAGGCCCCAAUGCUAGGCCUGAAAGUGAACACCCCUCGCCGGAGAAUUCCCUCAUGCAACGCAUGUCUGAUAUGUUUGCACGCUGGCUUGAAGAAUCGUUUCGCGCUGGACAGCGUCAUAGAGCGCGGACAUCGUCGUCGCGCUCAACGUCAGUGUCAUCUACAACAUCAUCUUCGUCGAUGUCUUCGUCGCCGCCGUCUCAUAUGUCUAGUAGCUCGUCAGAGUCGAGUGGGACAUCGGGCGUGUUCGGAGAGGAGCCGAAGAGACGUCGGAGUCGUGAGCAGAAUUCCGAGGCUACCCAAAGUAGGAGGGGAGCGAGGGUAAGUGAAUCAGGUGAAGCUUCAGUGGAAAUGGAGUCGGAACCAGGGGCGAGUGUAGAAGAUGCUGGCCAGGAGAGACUAAACGUUUCAAGCACCACAUCUGUUGAGCUUAUCCCGCACUCUGAAAAGGAAUCUGAAAAUGUUACUAGAACUACUGAAUGGACAACUUGUAUCAAUGAUACUAUAGCAGCUGCAGCUGAAAAUAAUACAGAAUCAUGCGAAAGCUCAACCAUUGAAAACGAAAGUAAAGGCGCUGACAAUGGGCUGAGUGGCCAUCAAUUGUCUGAACAAGCGGACCAGUCUGAUUUGAGAGACUCACAUUUGAACUCUUCAAAAACAACGAAUAAGAGACUACAAAAGAAAUCAAAAAAUGUGAAAAGGACAGAACCUGUUGACAAUAUUGGAGCUGGGAGCUCAAGUUACGAGGGAAAAACUUCUACCUGUGAGGAAAGUUCUUCACUGGCCACGCAAGAAACCACCCCCUCAAGCCGCACGCACGCGAAUCCCGCGCCAAGCGAGGAACCAAGAGGCGAACGUAAUUCAGGCGCAAGUGGCGAUGAAAGCGUUGUUCUUCCGGAACACACCUCGGCAGCUACUCGUAUUCAGCGCGUUUAUAGACUCCAUAAGAAGGCAAAGUCGAGUGUGGAGUGUGAAGGAAAGGAUCUGUGGAUUCCUGAAAUGACACGAGUCUACAAGGGCCAUCGAAAUGCACGAACAAUGAUCAAGGAGGCUAACUUUUGGGGCGAUGAAUACGUUCUCAGUGGAAGUGAUUGUGGUCGAAUCUUCAUCUGGGAAAAAUACAGUGCCGAACUGGUGAUGAUUCUUCAAGGUGAUAAACACGUAGUCAACUGUGUUCAGCCACACCCAUUUGACCCAAUUUUGGCAUCAAGUGGAAUUGACUAUGAUAUCAAACUUUGGACACCUUCUGCUAAGGAACCUAUGGAACCUAAAGACAAAGAUGAGAUAAUUGGCCGCAAUGAAAAGAUGUUGGAGGAGAGUAGGGACACCAUAACAGUACCGGCCUCUUUCAUGAUACGUAUGCUGGCCUCUCUGAAUCACGCCAGGUUUGGUCAGCGGACUCAAGAUGAUGAAACCGACUCUGAUUUGAGUGACGAUUGAACUGUGUGACGUGCAGUGCUGGUCACUAAACUAUCACGCAACCCAUCUGAUUCUUGUCGAGUCGUUAUACUUCGACUUUUUGAUGUAAAUAUUAAAUUGGGCAGUGUUUGUCACUUCAAUAUGACAAAUGGGUUUUAUGUUAAUCCGAUGGGAAAUAUCACUUUUUCUUGAAAGAAGAAAACAGUAUUUUUUUUUUUGCAUGUUUGACGCUGAGAAAAUUACAGCCAGUUUCUUUCGAAACGUUCUAUACUAGCCCUUCUUCGUAACAAGAGCAGAGAGCUUUUCUAAACUUGCGUUUUUUUUGGUUCGUUACAAUGUAAGCAAUAUCAGGAACGCUAUUGAGUGAAAUUUUGGAAAGAUUUUCUCUUCGAACGCUUUAUCGCGCAGUUUGUUCCUUUUUAGCAAUUAUGAGGAGUUCUAUAUCUUCCAGAUUUCAUCUGCAGAGCCUGAGUUAUUUAAGUGUAGCGAAGCCUUUGUUUGUCAGGGGUAAUUGUUUUUUCUGUCGAUCUAGAUAGAAAGGAGUUGGCUUUGAUGUACUAUUUUGAUGAUACUAGCACGUGCAAUGACCGGAGCAUUUAUAGAUUAAAAGGUUACUUUGCCAUAAUCAAUCAUUAUCGAUGGUAGGUCUGUAAAUAGUUUGUAAACAAGAUGAAAAAGGUUGUGUAAAUUUAUGAAAGUUUGUACAUACUGUAGAUAUUUUAAACUGAGUAUGUUGUGGUUUGAGACUGGAAGGGAAAGUUACCCUUGCUUUAGCCUGCAGUGUCGCUCCUCAGUAGGGCGACUUCACGUUAACCAGCUCGCAAUCGUUUACUCAACCGGCGAUGUUUGAUUUGGAAAUGGGGGCGAUGGUGGGGGUAGAAGUUGGGGAAAGGCGAAUAUUCAUUUUCAUUGUUACAUAACUGGUAUAUUCAGUCCCCAACAGCACAUACUCUAAUUGGUUACUUUGGGGUCACGUGAAAUUCACAAAAGAAACUAUUUCCUGUCAAAAGUCGUUGAGCAAGCAAAAUGGCGUUAGAGGAUAACAAUGCAAUGUUGAUCUACAACCGCUGAUGCACGUAAAUAUAGCGUGAUUGAAGGUGGCGUGACAUUUUAGCAUUGUAGUGUUUUGCCCUCGCAAGUGCUAACAUGUAAUUUAUCAAGAAAUGUUCGUUUUGCUUUCA